UGGCAGGAUGGCACCGCUCGCACACACAAGCUCCGGCCACCUCUCCCAAGGGCUCCUGCUGCUCUGGGUGCUCCUGGGGACUGGGCUCUGCCACACGGACGCCGAGACAAAGGGCUUUGGCCAGGAUGCCGGGACAAGCUCACCCAUGGCCAUGUCCAACGGGACAGCCCAGCCCAUGGAGGGAAAUUACUCCGACAUCACACAGAAGUGCUGGGAUUACUUCGUCUACCUGAUGAGGAAUGUGACAGCAUCGGAGCUGUGCGAGUGGAAAGUCAUCAGAAGGCCCUACAGCGACCUGCAGCUGUGCCUGGAGCUCUGGGCCGACCGCCUGAACUACAGCUACCCCAACGCACUGGCGGAGCAGUACAUCUUUCAGAGCCACCACCGCUACUUCCACAACUGCACCCUGGAGCACCCGGUGUACUUCGACCCGCCCGAGGACGUGCUGCUGGCCAUGAUCAUCGCCCCCAUCUGCCUCAUCCCCUUCCUCGUCACCCUGGUCAUCUGGCGCAGCAAGGAUGGCAAGGCACAGGCCUAGCGCUGCCACCCCGUCCCGCGGCGGGGCACGGACCCCCGGCCACCCGAGCCGUCCCGUGGGCUCCCGGGGCCACCGCCCCGCGCUGCUGGGGCGGCCGGUUCCUGCCUUCCCCCGCGCCGCGGCCCGGGAUUAAACGCUUCUCCCCCCACGCCUGGCUCUGCUUCUUCCGUCGUUCGAUCCCGCCGCGGGCCUGCCGCGGGCCCACUCCC